GAUCGCUUUGGCGAGCUACCGUCUUCGAUCACGAGCAACCUGCCCGCCAUUGCUGCAACUUGGAUCGUCUUCUUCCUUUUCUCUUGGUAUAAAGGAGCUCGUGGUAAGAUGGCGAGCGGCCAGCAGCAGCAGCAGGCGAGGAGGAACGGCGGCAAGGCCGUGCAGGUGCUGGACGGGUCGGACAUCCGCGAGCUGGUGGAGAACAAGGUUGAGUUCGCCAAGUUCGUCGAGAACAAGUUCCGGCACCUCGACCGCGACGGCGACGGGAGGCUGUCGGUGAGGGAGCUGCAGCCGGCCGUUGCGGACAUCGGCGCCGCCAUCGGGCUGCCGGCGAGAGGCUCGUCGGCCCAGGCGGACCACAUCUACUCUGAGGUUCUGAACGAAUUCACCCAGGGGAAGCAAGACUCGGUGAGCAAGCAGGAGUUCCAGGUCGUGCUGUCGGACAUACUGCUCGGCAUGGCGGCCGGGCUGCAGAGGGACCCGAUCGUGAUCCUGAGGAUGAACGGGGAAGACCUGAACGAGUUCGUCGAUAGCUCCACAUACGAGACGGAGGCGGUCGCCAUAUUCUCGCAAGUCCAGUCUGGGAACGCCUCGCUGCGGCAAUGCUUGGCAGCUGCCCUUCGACAGCUCACCGUCGACCAGGGCAUGCCGCCGGUCUCCGACUCUCUGGUUGUGGAAAACAUCAUAGAACCUGCAACGCAGCAGCUAUCGGCGGAUCAGCUUGACGGGCCAGCGUCGCAGGAGGCGUUCUUUCAGGAGUUCCGGAAGUAUCUGGGGAUCAUCGCCCAUCGCCUCCAAGAGCGCCCUGUGAUCGUUGCACACAGCGAGAACACCUUUGAUGGGGCUGGCGUCAAGAAGAUACUGUCGAACAAGGCCGAAUUCGACAAGCUGUUGGAUUCUAUGUGGGGAGACGUACCCAAGGAACACAAGGAUAGAACAUCGAAGAAGUACAUUCGUGUCGCUUUUGACAGGAUGGCCGCUUCGGUAAAUCUUCCACCGUAUGGAGCUGUUGAUCAGGUGGAUGCCGUGGUGAAUGAGGCGUUCAAGAUGGUGAACGCCGAAGACGGGAAACCGGUCGACGAGGCCGAGUUCAAGAAGCUGCUCACCGAGGUCCUCGGGGCGGUGAUGCUCCAGUUGGACGGCAAGACGAUCUCUGUCUCCUCCAACACCGUCCUCCAUGAGCCCAUGUCCACUCCAUCCAGCUUGUUAUCGCCAUCGCCCCCGUCGCCCAUGGUGUCAUCGCCAAGCGAAUAGAGGCAUGUUUUGGUAACAGUUUCCCCUGACGGUGUGAUAAGGUUACCGCAUUCGACGCCGGUGACGCUGGUUUCCACCUGAUUACAAUGCAACAACCUAGACGUUUUUUUUAUGUAACUUCAACGUGAGACGUGGUGCUUGUACGUAUGCUGUGUUGAUGUACAUGAGUGUUGGAAUAAGCCUUUCGAACC